AUGGAAAUGCCCCCGUUCAUCCUCAUCGCACCCGCGACGCGCGGCCUGUCCCUCGCCCUCGCCCGCCACUACCUCCGCACCACCUCCCUCCCCGUCUUCGCCACCUACCGCCCUUCUCCGCCUGCGACCGACCGCCCGCGGACCGCAGACUCCGUCCGCGCGCACAUCCUCCACCCGCUCCCCUCCGUCGACCCCGCGCGCCUCCACCUCCUCCCGCUCGACCUCGCCUCCGAAGACAGCGUCGCGGCCGCGGCGGACGCGCUCGCCCGCGCGCUCGCGCAGCUCUCCGGGUCCUCCGCCGAGCCGUCCUUCCUCCGCGUCGCCGUCUUCCUCGCGGGCGUGCUCCACCCCGAGCGCCAGCCCGCGGACCUCGUGCUCGACGACGUGCUCGCGACCUUCCGCCUGAACGUCGUCUCGCACCUCCUCGCCAUCAAGCACUUCUCGCGCUUCCUCCCGCCCGCCGCGCGCGCGCUACAGACCUCCACCUCCACCUCCGCGCCCGCGGGCGCAGCAGAGCAGCAGCGCCCGCUCGUCGCGAAGUGGGCGCACGUCUCCGCGCGCGUGGGCUCGAUCUCCGACAAUCGCCUCGGGGGCUGGUACUCGUACCGCGCGUCCAAGGCGGCGCUGAACCAGGUCGUCCGCACGUUCGACCUGCACCUCCAGGCGCGGAGGCUGCCCGCGGUCGCCGUGGGCCUGCACCCGGGGACGGUCAAGACGGAUCUGAGCAGGGACUUCUGGAAGGGCGUGAGCCCCGAGAAGCUCUUCGCGCCCGAGUACGCGGCUGCGCGGCUCGCGGAGGUCGUGGAGGGGCUGCGCGAGGACCAGAGAGGGAGGAUCUGGGAUUGGAAGGGGGAGGAGGUCAAACCUUGA